AUGAAGAUGGAUAGAUCGUUGGAACUAAUAAGGCCAAGUAUUAACAUCAAGAAUGUGACAGUCUCAACUGCAAAUAGCACAACCUGUCCAAGUCUUAAUGUCCCAGAAGAAGUUUUUUUUGCUAUUUCAGCUAUCGGUGUUCUGGAAAACCUCCUGGUCCUCCUUGCAGUGAUAAAAAAUAAAAACCUUCACUUGCCCAUGUACUUCUUCAUUUGCAGCUUGGCUGUUUCAGAUAUGUUAAGCAGUUUGUACAAAAUUCUGGAGACCAUUAUGAUAAUUUUGGCAAACAAUGGAUAUCUGGAGCGUAAAGGUCUGUUUGAGAAAAAAAUGGAUGAUGUUAUGGACUGGAUCUUCAUAUUGUCUUUACUUGGCUCAAUAUUUAGCCUAUCUGCCAUUGCAGCUGAUAGAUACAUUACCAUCUUCCAUGCCCUGCGUUAUCAUAAUAUUAUGACUCUAAGAAGAGCUGCUAUAAUUCUAGCUGGCAUCUGGUUAUUUUGUGGGGGAUUUGGAAUAGCAAUAACUUUGUUUUUUCAUGAUGCCGCAAUAAUAAUAUGCUUCACUGUUAUGUUCUUUCUGUUGCUAGUUUUUAUUGUGUGUCUUUACAUCCACAUGUUUUUGCUGGCACAGUCUCAUGCUAAAAAAAUUGCUUCACUUUCUGGACAAUGGAAUUCUGUUCAACAAAGAGUUAACAUGAAAGGAGCUGUUACCCUUAUUAUUUUAUUGGGGGUAUUUAUAUGUUGCUGGUCUCCAUUCUUUCUUCAUCUCCUUUUAUAUGCAUUUUGCCCGCUCAAUCCUUAUUGUGCAUGCUACAUGUCUACUUUCAGUAUUAAUUGUACGCUUAUAAUGUGCAAUUCAAUAAUUGAUCCAUUAAUUUAUGCGUUCAGAAGCCCAGAAUUACGCAUUACUUUCAAAAAAAUGCUAUGCUGCUGGUUUCCAACAUAAAAAAGCACUCGUCUUUUGAUGUAAUCAAUUACAAUUUUACGUAGGUGAAUUAAGUGAGUUUGGUAACAAAAGGUAGAAAAAUAUGAAAACCUUUUCUUUCAAGUACCCUCCAACAAAAUGAG